AUGCAGUCUCAUCUUACGAGACGAGUGUUCCGAGCAAUUAUCAACAACGAACCACUUCGAUUCUCGCAAUGCCACCGAAAUCGCCUACAUACAAUUACCGCAGCUCGUGUACGACCUGCUGUUCUGAGCCUUCCUCAUGUCUCGCGGCGCAAUAUCUUUGUCUUCAGCUCGGAUCCCGAGCGACAGCAGAGUACAUUGCCCUCCGAAAAGGGCCUGAAACCAAUGGCAGACUUGAUGAGGGCACUUAAAGACAGAAGUAGAACUCCACCAGGGGAUCUUCUCGCAAAAGCAUUCCAAACGUUCUUCACAAUGCGACUCGAGACACCGAUGCUUAUCAGUCAUUUCCAAGCUCGUGCGCUGAUCGUCACCUUCAAACACCUACGGGCCCAACAAGAUGAAAUGGAGGAAAAAGACUGGCAGAAUGUUUUUUCGAUUGAGAACCUUGAAAAGGUUCUGGAUGUACUCUCCGAAUCCGAGUGUGCCCCACAAGCUCGCGAGACCGUCAUGAACCUUGCGCGAUACGCAUAUCAAGAGCUAAAUCUCGAUCAUGGAUUUGGUCCCGGAAAGAUUAGUCGGCCAGCCCUUGGUCUCUAUAUCAAUAUUUUGGCUAUGAAUGGCAACCCAGAAGAUGCUAGACAUACCUUACUGAAGUUUUGGGGUCAGAUGAGCAAGAUUACCCCGUCACCCUGGCUUACGAUUAUGAAAGGAUUCGCCAUGAAAAACGAUCUACGACAGGUGCGCAAGAUUGUUGAGGAGUGGGGAAAUCAUGGCAACAAGUUUGAUCAAGCUUCGCAUGAAGAGCUCGUCAAGUUUCUCGUCGAUCACAAUCAAUUCAAGGCAGCACAAACGGUCUACGACUCUCCAAUUGCCGAUGGUUCGCAACCCUCCCUGGCUGCGAGCGAGGCUCUUAUCAAAUAUUACCUCUUGAAUUCUCGGGCAGAUUCCGCCGAGGAAAUCUUCAAGUCUCUCCCUGGUGAACUCAACCAGGACACCACCGGUAUCGUCUUACUUUGGGACGCAGCAAAGGGCAGCAAUGCUUCCGCUCUUGUGCAAAAGGUGGAUGCAUGGACUGCAAAGACCCCUCAGAUCAAGAACUUCAUCACCAUUGAAACCGUUAAUAACCUAAUUCAAUAUGCCAAUGCGAUGCAGAAUCCACAGCUGGCUUCUGAUUUUAUGGCGCUGGCAGGCCAAUGGGCUCUCACACCGGAUAGCCAAACUUACAUCUUGCAAUUGGAGUCUCGCAUUCAGGCUGGUGAUGUCGAGGAGACUCUGAAGCUUCUUGAAGAGAAAGUUGAUGCAACUUCCCUCACUAGCCACAACCUACCAAUUGCAAAUAAGCUCAUCGCGAUGCUUUGUCGAUCUGAGGAAAAGGAAGCUUUGUUCAACCAGAUCUCCUCUCUUCUCGACCCGCUUUUCCAAGACAACGUGCAAUUGGAAUCUGCAACCAUUGCCGCAUUGACACAUAUGCUCCUGUACCGCCACGAUCUCGAAGCCGUAUCAGAGCUGCUCCGUCCCCGACUAGGCGGGUACAGUGACGAACAGAAGGCGCCAGUGCGCGAUGCGCUGGCCGAGUACAUCCUUGACAAAUCCCAGUCCGACACCGAUGUAUGGAAUGUAUACGAGCUUCUGAAGAUCGCCUUCCCAGAGACGUGGGUCUCGAUCCGCACCAAAAUCAUGACCUCUUUCUUCGAGCGAAAGCGCAGUGAUCUUGCCGUCUUGGUAUUUGGGCAUAUGCGACAGGCUGACGAACCUGGUCGACGCCCUAGACAAGACACCUAUGCUCGCUGUUUCCAGGGCCUAGCUCGUACGGCUGACGCAACCAAUUUGGAACUGGUGCACAACAUGCUGAAACUGGACCUUGAGGUGGAUCUCAACACGAGGAUCCUCAAUGGCCUCAUGAUGGGGUAUGCCGCGUGCGAGAUGCCAGAAAAGAGCAUGGAAAUUUUCCGCCAAAUCCUUCAGUCUGAGGAAGGACCUUGUAAUAAGACUAUCACGAUCUUCUUCAAGGUCUGCGAGAAACACCACAAUGGUGCCCAGGAGGCUAUCAAGAUGAUGAAUAAGGUCAAGAAGCUGGAGAUCACGGCGAAUCGGCCACUCUACUCGGCGUAUAUGGAGGCCUUGGCAGCGCAGUGCGAGUUCGAUCUGGCUGUUGAAGCUAUCGAUAAUAUGGAAGCUGAGAUUGGAAUUCCUCCCACUAGUAAUACUAUCGGGCUGUUCUACAACGCUAUCCCCUACCAGUACUGGAAAGAUGAGGUCGAGAAAUGGGCCAGUCAAAAGUAUCCCGAGCAUUGGGAGCAUCUGAUGAAGACGAAGCGCACUGAGUGUGAGGAGGGGCUGGAAUUCGACGGCAUCUCGAAUGAAGUGUCGGUGUAA